UAUUUCAUCUGGAAAAAAACUGGUUUAAAAAUAUUAAAAACAAACAUUCAAUCCAUGGAUGAUUAUUGGUUGGUUAAAAAUAUGUAUGGUUGAAAUUUUAAAUAGGCAAGCUUUUAUUCUGAAAGUGUCCCAGCGUGGCCCAUGUGACUGGUAGUAGCCAACCGGAUUCUUUUCGGUUCUGACCAAGAUCGCUGCAGACACACAGACGUCGAGCUGCCGUUAUUAAACAAAGGAAACUUAUCUAAAAGAAUAUCUUUAAUUUUUUGAGAAAUUGUUUUGUUUUUCCACUUUAUCCUGCCCUUCAGACGUGUGUACAUUGCUGAAUGGGACUUGGCCAUUUAAGUUGGAGUGGAGAAAAGUUGAGCUAGUACUGAAGUGGGACUUCAUACGCGGUGAAACGAGAUGGCGAGCCACCGGACCUGAUGAACUGUGAAUUUGCUGAUCUGUGCAUGUGGAGCAACAUGCUGUCUGCGGAGUGUUGACCGUUUUCAUCCGAACUGGUAGGAUUUAUCCUUGACUGCUAACAGCAGUGGAUUCAAGACUAGCGCAGAACACAGACAAUAGAGGGAUCAACAGCAGGACAAAAGAAAAGAGACUCUCAUGUGCAUCGCACCUUGUUCAGCCUUUUGCUGGAUUAUUUUGAGUUGUCUUUUGGUUCAAUAUUUUUAUUUUAAUAUUGAAUGACCCUGUGUGGUACUGCUGUGAUAUUAUUGAGAUUGCAAACUAUUUUGUUGGUUAAACCUAACAUAACAUUGAGUCUGCCGAAUCUGAAUACAGAGCCUAAUUUUGUAUUAAUUUUGGAAAAAAAAAUAAUAAAAUAGAUAAAUAGAUUUUGAAGCUAGAGAACUAAACUAGGUUUAGUGACUACUGAGUUAACUCAAACAGACAAACCAAAGGGAACUGAACAAAUAACCCUAAGUUGAAGUUAUUUCUUUUGGUUAAGAUAACAAAAAGAGGGAUUAUACACCAGGAAGGUGUAUGCUGUUGUGUUUUCUGUUGUCAAAGUCUUUUAUGGUUUUUGUUGUGUGUAAAUAAAUCUUGCCGGCUAAUUUAAAUUUAUUCUCUUGGUCUGUGGUCCUUAAUUGUGGUGACACUAACUCUACUCUCCAUAGCCGAACCUGUCAUCUGGUCCAAACCCUGUAACGACUAAGGUGUUACAGUACAAAAGUGGCGAGCCAGCCAGGAGAGUAGUAAUAAAACCUUAACCACACUGUAAAUAGAACCAUAAAACCUUAUUUUUGACCCAGACCUCAAAAUAGGCCAAGACCGGCAAAAAUGGACAUUGUUGAUAAAGAAAACAUUAAAAUCCCUAACUCAGUUAUCAUUGGGGGCUUCACUGAUGCAGACUUUGAUGAAGAGUUAUCUGACUUCCUGAACAAGUAUGGGCGCAUCUCGAGAACCAUUAAAGUUGAUGAUCUCCACUCUCCCUACCCCAAAAAUGCCAUUGUGGAGUAUGAGAGUGGAACUGCCUUGAUAGCGCUUGAACCCUUGCUGCCCUACAAAUUUGAGAGACCUACUGGAGUCCCUUACAUCAGAGCCCUGUCAACGGAAUAUGUGUCAGCUGUUACAACCAGCGCCACCCACAGCUUGAUUAGUGAACUACAGAAAAUCGCCAAAUUAAGUGGCAAGCCUUUUGAGGAUGUUUUGCAUGAGCAUCUGUCUGAAUGCAGUCAGUCAGUUGCUGGUGAUCCAGAAACAGCUGAAACUGCAUUUCCUAUGCAAGAAACACAAAGUAGACCUACAGCCACAGUCACCCAACAAUCACAAGCUCUUCCAAGUGACCCAGUUAAGGUGAAUGAAACCAACUUAAAUGUAACUGAAUCUGAUUCAGGCAAGCCAACACAACCUGAUCUGCCAUGCAAUGUUCCAAAAACCCUUAUAACCCACCCAGAGGUUCAAAAGGUUAUUGUGGAGCACAUAGUUCGGAGUGAAUCUCCAGUCUCACAGGCGAGUGCAUCCUUUCGCCUGAGACCCUUUUCAGGCAGGUUACCUUGCCCUAGUCACGAGGUUGACUUUGACACAUGGCGCCACAGUGUUGAGCUUAUGCAGCAAGAUCCUGAUCUGUCUGACUUGCAGUGCUCACGGAAAAUUUCAGACAGUCUUGUACCUCCUGCAGCCAAUAUAGUUAAACAUUUAGGCCCUCAAGCUUUGCCUUCAGCUUACCUUGAGCUGCUCAAUUCAGCAUUUGGUACAGUGGAAGAUGGCGAUGAGCUUUUUGCUAAAUUUCUUAACACACUGCAGGAUGCAGGUGAAAAGCCAUCACAUUACCUCCAUCGAUUACAUACAGCUCUCUCCAAAGCUUUGAACAGAGGUGGUGUUUCAGCUAGCGAGGCAGACCGACACCUACUACGGCAGUUUUGUCGUGGGUGUUGGGAUAACGCAUUGUUAGCAGACCUUCAGCUCGAGCGACAAAAAGAUAACCCUCCUCCAUUUGCAGAGUUGUUGCUACAGUUGAGAGUGGAGGAAGAUAAACAUGUUGCAAAAGAAAGCCGAAUGAAAAAACACUUUGCUGCUACAAGACCAAAAGUGUCUUCCCACGCCCUUGCAGCAGCCACUGAUACAUCGGAGCCCAUUUUGCAACAUCAAAUCACUGAAAUGCGAACACAAAUAACUGAGCUGCAAACUCAAUUGACAAGAUUAAGAGCACAGAAAGCGGACCAACCCACAGCUCCUCCAAGCAAUGUGGUCGCAGAUUUGAAGGCACAGAUCACUGAGCUUCAGAGCCAUCUUGCUAGACUUAAGCCACCAGGUUCUCCCAAAAAGAAGCCCAGCACACCACAAGCUAAUGCUAAGACAAAGCCUAGACCCAAAAUGCCUGAGCCAAUCUCCACUACACUUCAAGCCACAAGGAACAGACCAAAGCCGUGGUAUUGUUUCCACUGUGGUGAAGAUGGGCAUAUUGCCUCUGCAUGCUCAAAUGACCCAAACCCAUCCUUGGUUGCUGAUAAAAGGAAACAAUUAAAAGACAAACAGUUACUUUGGGAUAAACAGAACAAUCAAAACUCAUCCCAUUCUUUAAACUAAAAACAGCCCUCAUUGCGGGACAGAUGGGUGCUGUUAAUGAGACCAGUCCCUCUCUGAAACAGUCAUUCAGAAAAAAGAGACUGCACAACAAAUCAACCACUGUUAAACUACCUAAAGGCUUAGUUGGAGCUAAGUAUACUGCUCAAGUCCAAAUUGAUGGUCAGGUUAGCAGUUGUCUUCUUGAUACAGGAUCUCAGGUGACUACCGUGUCACACUCAUUCUAUGAAAACAAUCUCUCUCACCUGGAAAUUCAUCCAAUAAAUGAGCUGCUGGAAGUUGAAGCUGCAAACGGUCAAAAUGUUCCUUACUCAGGUUUCAUUGAGGUCGAGAUUACCUUCCCACAGAGCUGUUUUGGUUCUGAAAUGACCGUGUCCACCUUUGCAUUAGUUGUCCCAGACACACGUUCUAAUGCCCAGUCCUCUCUUUUGAUUGGUACCAACACUCUUGACCUUCUCUAUGAGCAUUUCUUCUUGACCGGUGCAGAUCUCCAUGCACUACCUUACGGCUACAGAGUGGUGUUAAGCGUGUUGCAACAGAGACACAAGCAGAAGGAAAACAGUAGUCUCGGACUUGUUAGACUAUCUGGAAAAGAGCCAGAAGUUAUACCUGCAGGCCAGAGCCGAGUGUUGGAGGGGUCAAUCCAUGUUAACACCAAAACCCCAGACAAGUGGGUUGUUGUUGAGCCACCCUCCACAUCCUCUUUGCCUGGUGGCAUUCUAGUCACCAAUUGUUUACUCACCUUUCCUGAAAGGCCCUCACAAAAGCUUCCAGUUGUUGUGCGAAAUGAGAGCAAACAUGACAUUAUUAUUCCUGCAAAGAGUGUCAUCGCUGAAAUCCAUGCUAUGCAGGAGAUAGUGACAACCAGCCAAAUACUAAAAUCCACGCAGCCACCCAAAUCAAAAGAAUCCACAGUGCUAAAUCUCAACUUCGCUGAUUCUCCAGUUCCAGCUAAAUGGAAAGAGCGGAUUGUACAAAAACUCAGUACUAUGCCUGAAGUUUUUGCACAACAUGAUACAGACUUUGGUUGUACAAACAA